CGAGUGUAUGCUGCUGCGAACGAUGAGGAGAUUUCUGUGGAUCUGCAGCGGUUGAAUUGCACCACCUCGCCCACUUAUUGCUGUGUUCUUGAUUUUAUCCCUCAAAACCUGGACUCAACCGGAGCAGUUUAUGAAGGUAAGCAGCCUGCAUAAUAAUAACGUCAUGCCAUGGUUCGUUUGCUAGCUGCAUAGCACAGCUGAUGUAGCAAGCUAGCUAACUAGAUGCUCAUCUAUCCAGAGACAGUAUAGCUACACCUCUACGUUAGUGACAUCUAUUUGAUGGCCUGGUGGCUGGCUUUCUAGCUAGCUAACAUCACCUCUUUUUUUUCUGUCCCUGUCAAAUGCCAACUGACAGCCAUAUAGGCUACAGUUAACUAGAAUAGAAUAGAACAGAACAGAAUAGAGUGUGCACUUCUAACCUAUGUCUGGUUUUGGGAGAGGGAGGGAGUGUAGGCCAGGGGAGAAGGUAGAGCCUAAAUAUAUGUCUGGGUCAAUAGAUGGAUAAACCUCUUUCUUGAAUAAGUACACAGAGAGACCCCACUGAUUCUGAUUACAGGUAGGCUACAAAGUGGUUUAGCUGGUUGACAUAAUAAACUCCACUCAGAUUACAUACAAGUCUUGUUUGUCUGUAAUAAUGCAGUUAUGACACGUAUUCAUGUUGUAUUUAUGCUGCUGGAUGCAAGACCCUGUGCUCGGUACUAUCACAAGAAAUAUGGACGCUCUAGUCUAGUGCACUGACUGACUUCAUAGAAACACUAGGAUUCUAAUCUACCUGCUACUACAAAGAAAGACUGAGCGAAUAGAGCUUCACAGAAAUGGCAUCAUCCCUAGAAUCUAUAGAAUCCCCACUGAUGUCCUCCUAAUAUUCCCUUCUCUGCCUCCUUGCUGACUAUAGUGGAAUAUAGAGAUAGAGGAGCAGCCAUUUGCUAUCAGACAAUCUCAACGGUCUCUAUCUCUCUGAUAAAGAGCUGCAGGGCUAUAGUGGAGAAUGAAGAGAGAGAGUAGAAAUAAGAGGAUGAUUGUAUCCUACACACACGGCUCCAUCUCUCCAUCCCUCCCCAUCUGUCUAAAGCAUCCCCACGUUUUUAGACUGGGUCAGUUAUUGUCAAGUGCAAGGCUUUUGACAGUGCAAUGAAUGAGAGUGAUGGGGUACAUGGGCUGUGAUGGGGGAGGAGGGGGAAUGUGCUGAAACAGAUGAAACCGAGCAACGUAGUGUGUGCUGCAGACAGCGGAAAACGGUGGUAAAUGACAUAAAACACAUAUGUGCUCAUUAAGCUCUAAAACAGGAUGAAUCACUAGGGGGUCUACAUUGUAGUGCCCCCACCUCCACAGUUGGGGGUGGUGAGUUAAUCACUAUGCUGCUGGGGCUAAAUAUCUGAAUGAAUGAGAUCGGUAGCAACAAACGCCUCUGGAGCUUUAAGAAUGGGAGGGAGAGGCGGAAGGAAGGAAUCGGGGAGAAUGAGAAUGAGAAUGGCCGCAAAGUUUUUUUUUGAAAUCAAUGGCAACGCUCUCUAACCUCUAGCUCACAGUCAUCGAUAACCUAAUUGUGUUUGUUAGGCUGUUCAUCAUUAUGCUCAAUUCUAUGUGGACAUAAUUGAUAGCCUAUGUUGCACAGGAGUGCAAGUGAUUUCAUUUGCGACCCAGAAGCCUUUUCAGAGUGAAUCUCUUCUGCCGUGAACAAUGUUGUUUAGAUUUGUGCCCAGGGUUAAAUGGCUUGUUAGCUACUGUUGGCUUUAGCCUCACAGAGCUAAGAAGGCUUACUAGACCACGCAUGGAAAAACACAGUAGUGGAAAGUUAGAAAAAAAGAGUGCAUACGCUCUCUAGUAUCACGCAUGAGUGUGUGAUCUGUGAUGCAUGUGUUGCACUCCACAGUUGAUCUAAUGAUGGCAGCCCUCCAAAUGGCAUCCUAUUCCCUACAUAGUGCACUACUUUUGACCAGAGCUCUAUGGUGAAUAGGGUGCCAUUUGGGAUGUGUCUGUGGUGACUGAGGUCUGCAGAGUGGAAGAUCUGAGAGGAUGGGGAACUCCCUUUGUGUGUGGAACAUAACCCACCUGGGUUGUGUUCAGUAGGGCACACUGUAGGGAAACGUUUUGAAACGAAAAUGAGUGUUUGUUAUUGGGCAAGUACAAGUAGUCCCUCCUUGUUUUAGUCACUUGUCUUCCGUUUCAUGCCUAAUGAACAUGACCCUGGUUGUUUGUACUGUAGUAUCUUGGGGGACAGAUGUAUCUGAGCUGUACACACAGCAUGUUAAUCCAGUGCUGGAGUGGGUGGGAGUGUUUCAGGAGCCACGGUUUGAUAAAACGAUUAUGUCCCUUAGCUGUCAUAACAGCUUAUUGUACACAGAUGCUUUGAAGAAUGAAUGUAGCCUAAGUACAUUAAGGGAUUUCUGUUUUAUAACCCAUAGUGAUUACUGUAUCAGAUAGGUAAUGCUGCCCUGUCGUACUUGGUGUGAAAAUACUUAGACAAUGGUAGGCCAACAUAUCACCUGAUGGAAAUGUAAAACAAUGUUUAGCCUAAUUUAUUUAGGGGUUAGGCUACUAGCUUCGGUCUAGGGCCUAGGGGUUGCAUUGGGAUUCAAGGUAGGCUAGCUCCUCUGCAUUUGGCGUGGUAUCUGUCUGGUCUCUCCAUCCAGCUCCAGUAAUCCAGAGCUGUGGCUCUAUUACUGAAAGGUCACUCAGCCCCUGAGACUCAGCCUAUGAUUUGGACUCUGUUAUGGUGGGUGGGUGGUGGUGUUGGCAGGCGAGCUAGGUUGGAAGUGGGUUGCUCAGCUCUUUUAGGUUACACUGACACACAGUCUAUCUGCUCCCAUCCCUCAAGUUCAUGGGUAUUAGAUGGACCCACCCCCCCACUCAAGGCAAGCUGCCAUGGCCAUUCACUGCCAACUCCUGUGUGGUUGUCCUGCAUGCUAUAGGGACAGAAAGUGCAGGAAACAAACACAGUGACAGACAGUAAAGGUCAAAGUAAGUAUUUAUGGAUCAGUAUGUUUAUAGGGAUUCUACUGUGACUGUUCCUUGUGUUGACAUUUGCAUACUGUUUGUGAUUAUUUUGGGACUGCAACUUUGUUUAAAGGAGGGCUCUACGUUGUAAAUAACCUUAGUCUUAACCUGAGACUCAUUGGGACAUUUGCCUUUUUUCUGUAUGGUAAGCGAUAGUAAACCAAAACAGUCAUGUCCUGAAUAGACGAAUAGAUAAUAAGGUAUGGUUCAGGCCAGGACAGCUCCACUCCCUAGAUAUUGAUUAUUUCAUUCAAGAAUUCAAGACAAUUUAUAACACGGAAAACAUAGACAAAGCGCAUGUGAACUGUUAAAAACAAGUUAAAAAUAAUGGCAAUGAUAAACAUUAUAGAAUAAUAGCCUAGUAGGUUUUGAAGCGUAUGAUCCCUGAUCCCCCUGCUUUUACCUCUCUCUAACUGUGAGAAGAUGAGACCCGUGACAGGGUAUGACCCAUGUGAGUUCUAGAGACGGGGCCAGUGUGACAACACCGUACAGCGCCUCAGCAUGUCUUUGUGUGUUGCACUGUGACAUUCACAGGAACACCAUUGUCACUGACAAAAGCUCUGCUGCUGGUGUGGCCAUGGUUUAUUUCGGGACCUUUCUGUGUGCUGUCAAUGGAUGAUGUCAUGCAGGAAAAAGGUCAAAGGUGAUAUAGCCUAUCCAGGUUGUUGUAAAACUCUUUCUAUGUUUCUGCAGUAAAUGUUCUCCCUAAUAUUUGAUAUGACUAUGAAAUAUGAUUUUUAUAUGUAUUUAUCACCCUUCCCCCUGUUAUUAUAACUUUAUAACUCAGCAUUAGGCCUGACAGCAUCCAUAUGUGUGUGUGUGUGGUGUGUGUGUGUGUGGUGUGUGUGUGUAUGGACUCUGGUGGGGACGUGAAGACUGCUAACCCUCCUGGGGAAGUCCCCUAUAGUGUGUGUAGCUCUCUUCCUCCCAGCGGUGGUGAACUGGGUCAUGCCUCACUGAAUCACUGAAUCCUUUCAUUGUACUGCAGCCUGACUGUAAGACCAUGGACCGUAAAGGAUCAAGGGCAAUGGAUCUGAUAGGGAUCUCUUUCUAGAAAUGCUAUAAUGACGUAUGACAUCAUCAGCAUCAGUCACAGAUUUAAGGAGUGCGUUGUCUUUAUUCUUUUUUACUUGACUCAAAUAUGCCGUUGCCAACUGCUUUAAAUAAAAAAUGAAGACAAGGCUAGCCAUUCUCCAUUCCAUAAUGCAAUGUAAUGUAUUUAAAUGCAGUAUAAUAUAAGGUCCCUAACCCUGCUGGUUUGUUUCUCUGUGUUGCAGACCCAGUGUGGACAGUAAUGACCUCACGCUCCCGGUUGCCAGCUGGCAGUAACCACAAUGUCCGAGCAUCGGAGCUGGCACAAGACAGGCAGCACACAGAGGUGGUCUGUAAUGUUCUUCUGCUGGAUAACACAAUUCAAGCCUUCAAAGUUAACGUAAGUACUGUACUAUACUAACCCCAGCACCUACACUGACUGUACAGCCCUACAUAUCACCAUAGAGAAUGACACAGUUAGGGCCUUCUCUCAAGACUAGUUGUCUAUCAAUAGGCUACACAGUAACCAAGUAGGCCUAUAAAGAUACAUUAGACUUUGUUUAAAGGGCAAUUCUGCCACUUUUCAACCUCAUAUUCAUUACCUCCAGCACCAUACAGUUUCUAAAUAUGUGAAAACGGCACGUUUCUAUGAUCUGUGGUUAAAAAGAUAAGAAAGGUCCUAAAAAAUGCUUCUCUGUGACAUCACAGGGUAGGAUUAAAACGAAGAAAAACAGAGGGAGGGUAUUUUCUUGCUCCCCACAAAUCUUAUAGUGUUUGAAAAUGAUGUCAUUGGGUAGAACCUUUUAACUUUAUAUAUUUUUCUAGAAAAUGUAGAAAGGCACCAUUUUCACAUAUGUAUACACUGGUAUUGUGCUGGAGAUAAUGCAAAUGAGGUUGAAAAGUGGUGGAGUUGCCCUUUAAAGUACAGAUGCAUUGCAGUAGUAGGGACCGAAGGAGCCUGGGUAAUUUUAGAUAUCUGUCAUUAAUAGCAGCACAGCAGAGACAUAGCAGAAUGUCUGGCAUUUUGGUUUAAAAGGAGUCUCCGGGGGUUACUAGCCAAUGGAGUAAACACUUACACCAGGACUGAACUGCACACAUCACAAUGGCUUUUCCGAGCCAAGUGUGGGGGCUAUCUGGCCCGUGUGGUGUACCGUGGGUAAGGGGGGCAGAGAGGAACAAUGUUAGUGCAGUCCCCUCUGUGAGGUACUCUUAAUUACAACACACACACAGCACCUCAGUCUAACCCCCGACCAUCUCCGUUGCCCCGAUACUCUUUGUUCUGUUCUGGGGCAAAUAAAUCUGCUCAGCUACUGCCCUCUAAUCCCAUGGUCAUGAAUUAAGAUGAGUCCAUUUCUGGGACUACAGAGCUGCCAUUAUGGAGUCCUUUGUCUUUACUAGUGCCAUGCGGGGGUAAACCAGGUCAAUGCUUCACUGCCAGUCAGGAUUAGGUGAAUACAGGCCUAUAUCUCGGGUUGUGUGCAUCACGUUUGUGUGCAUAUGUGUUUCAUAUGCUUUGUUGGCGUUGAUGUCGGUUCUAUCCUCUGGGAACCAUCCAGUGUGCACAGACACAUCAUGUACCCACAGGGGAAGUCAGUACUGAAUGACAACUGACAGCUCCAUCAUCAUGUCCUCUGGCAUUCUACUGCCACGCGUGCACCACCUCCAAUACUUGCACUGCACAGGGAAUCUACAAGAAGGCUUCUAACAGGCGUCUGUUGAACUUCUAGAGCUGUAGAGCUUCAUUGUUUCAGUUUUCAUCUCCUGCCUUUAAAGCCCCUCGUUAGCUGGUAGUUUGAUUCCCAACGUGGCUGCUGUGCAUUAGCCUAGUGGCUGGAGAGAGUAUGACUUGAUUGCUGUUGACCGCUAUGGUUAAAGCUCAUCUCCAGGUUGACGCACAGCACUCUGAUUUAACCCGUUGGUUCCACAUAGACUUGUGUGUGGGGUUUAGGGCUGUUGCGGUUACCGUAUUACCGCCACACCGGCAGUCAUGAGUCAUGACCGCAGUAAAAUUCCACGUGACUCGUAAUCUCCUCUUAUGCACUCUGGACAUGUUGUGGUAGUGCCCAACUCGCUAACGAUCAGGUCGCUAAUGGCCUGGUACUCAGGGCUCUGUUGUCCCUCUAACCACUCUCACAUCAAUGCAAAUGCAAUCAAAAAUCACAUCAAACACUUUUCAUCAAAACAAUAUCAUGCUUUUAAAACUCACAUCGCUGUGAUGAUCAAUUUGAAGAAUGAAGUUCAACAGCAGGUUGAAACUGAGUGUAAAACAUGGUUGUUGUGGAUGUUGUUUCAAAGACUAAAACAAAGAAAUGGACAGCGCUUUCUAAGGUGAUGAUUCAUUCAUAUUACGCAUGGCAAAUAAACAAAACUGCUUUAAGAUGUCUUUGGUACAUAAUUGAUCUAGCCUAUACUCCAUAAUUAAACACAUUCGAGUAAACGCCUUUGAGUGUGGACUGUAUUAUUUUGCAUACUGGAUGGACUGGUUACCUUAUGCUACGCUCCAAAAUGUCUAUCCACGAGUCUGGGAGAGAACUUAUAACCCUGGGCGAUGCUGUUGGUUCAUUGAUUGUGCAGGGCUGCUUACGGUUAGCCUACAAUUAUAGUGAAUUUGAUUUUGAAUGGGCUAGUAAUAGUGCUUUUUAAAAUGUGUUUUUAUUAAUUGGGUGACACAUGACCUUUUGCUACAGAAUAUCUCACAACUGUGUAUUUCCAUCUCCUCCACUCUCUCCUUUAUUACUUUCUUCAGCACACAGAGGGGCUGUCAACAAUUUAGUGAAAUAUGUUUCAUAUUGAUGUUCCUGAACAGAUUUCACUUGGUUUCUUGGGUAGUGGCAGGAACAGGGUUUGAGAGCCCAUGGCAUACAGAGUUUGGGCGGAAUAUCACCAUCUCGCAGCGAGAGCGUGCGCUUCAAACAGUGGUUGAUGCGUGGAGUGAAAUAAGUGUUCUAUUUAUUUCUCAGCUGCUCAUAUUAAGCACAGCUCCGCUAUAAAACCGAGUAACCUAUUCGCGUGCAUACGGAUGUCUUUUUUUCCCCUGCCCCUGUUCCUGCCCAGUUGAUAAUGGGCCAAUCUAAAUCCAAACUCAUUUUACAUAUUAGUAAAGACAAGAAUACAUUGAAAAUAGUCUGAUGGGUGAAAAUAGGAUCACUUGAUGAGAGAACAGCUGUGCAGCCUGAGGCAAGGAACAGAGCGCAAACUUUUUUUUGCGACUUUCUCAAAUCAUCAAUAGCCUAUAGUGGCAUCAUGCAGCCCAUAUAUGUUUUGAUUUCUAAGACAUUCUAAGGUUUGUAUCAUUCACAACUAAAGUUGCCAAAUAACUCUACAUUUAGCGUAUAUUAUCACUUUUACACUCAACAUAGCGCACUUGCUCCGUAAUGGGAAAAAUAUCCUUUCUAUUUUAUUCAGCUAAAGUUCAAUUACAUCCUUUUUACUAUUGCACGACAAUAACCGGCUGACAAAAUGUCAUGACUGCCACAGCCCUAGUGGUGUUUACUUAUUUAUAAAGAUACUUAAUUAUUUCAGUUUUUAUUCAUUUCCUCUACAUUAUUGAUCACCUAAUGUCAGUGACACAGUCAAACACAGUCAUGAAAGUACAUCUGUUUCAGGGCAUGGGGGUCAUAGUGAAGCUCCAUGGAAAUCACUGUUUCAAUGAAACAUACCAGUCAACUGGUUGGUCCGGCUUCUUUACAUUACUGAGAGAUUGGGCGUAUGUAGUUAGGUGAUUGAAACAUGCCUUUUCUGCUUUCCUGCUUUCCUGCCUGGUUGGCAUUACAAGGUAGACUGUGGAUUUAAUGGCAGGAUAUGAUUGUGGAGCCUCAGUUGAGAUUGAGAAGUAUGGUGUUCCUCAAGGCUCAAUGUUCGGACCAAUGGUCGUCCUACCACUAGUAGCCUAGUGGGUAGCCUAUAUGACAUGGGCCAAUCAAAUCAGGCAAAGAGAAGUCACUGUGUGUAGUAUAGUUUGUGUUCCUUCCUUCUCCCAUCUCUCUGUAAAUAAUACAUGGUCUGGUUCUGUGUUCCGGAAGCCUGUGGUUGCACAUUGCCCUGACACUUCUAGAAAGCAGGCUGUGAGGCCUUGUUAUGAAAAGCUUACAAUGCCCAACCUCCAGUUAGAAAUACUUGUGUGAUAGUUUUGCAAUAACCCUCUAUCAAUUAAGUAUUUUUAGGCUACUCUGUAUUGGAGGUGUCAAUCGCUUUAUGGCCAACACACUUCCCAGUCCUACGUUGCUUCAGUGAUCUGUAUUAUGAGAUAGCCAUAUGUCUGUCUGGUUUCUCUCCUUGCAGAAGCACGAUCAAGGACAGGUCCUGCUGGAUGUAGUGUUCAAACACCUGGAGCUGACGGAGAGAGACUACUUCGGCCUAGAGCUGGCCGACGACUCCUCAGACAGUCAGGUGAGGCAUCUUAUCAGAACCCAGAACCAAAUCUUGCCUACGCUAGGUAACUAGCUAGCUCCUCGAUUUACUCGUUUAUUUCAACAGUCUGUCACGAGAUUAGGUGAGGCCUUGAGAUUGUGCAUGUUAGACUACAUUGCAGUCGGACGGCGCAGAAUCACUGAUCUACAAAUCAACUGGCUUCCGAAAUUACUAAUUAUUAUGUGAUCAGGAUUAGUGGAUCUACGCAGGGCCUUGCUCUGGCUGAUCCCCUCAAACACGCUGAUUGGCAGCAUUGCAGCAUCUCAUGAAUAGGCUCUCUCCAGCCCUGUCAGCAAACUGUGGCGUUUCUACAGCAAACGGAUUGAGAUGCUAAGAAGAUUAUGGGUCAUGAUCCGCAAACAAUAGAGUUGAAACAGCGGCUAGAAUAGUAUGUAGAGGCUACCGAUUUGUGUUUCUGAAAGUUCACCAAUAACAAUGCAAUUAUUCAGUUGUGACUGCUGAAAUUCAGACUUUUAUACAAUGUAUAUUUUGGAUGAUGCUGUCUCGCAAAACCGUUAGAGUUCUAUUCUAAACUUGCUCUAAUGUUAUGAGUAGAAAUGUAUCUUCCAUUUUGUAUUUUGCCUAUUUUCCCUCUUGUCCCCUGCUGUGUCUGAGGUUGUCUUCAUCCAUAUUUUACAGAGGUGGCUGGAUCCAACCAAACCGAUUAGAAAGCAAUUAAAAAGUAUGUUUGAUACAUUUGGAAUAUUCUCUAGUAUUUUGAAUAUUAUAUUUAUAGCUAGUUUUAGUUCCAUUAAUCUGCUUGUUUGUUUUUACUUCAGGGGGGUCUGCACACAGUUUGAACUUUAGGGUUAAAUUCUUUGUAACCGACCCCAAUAAACUUCAGGAGGAGUAUACACGGUAAGUGCUUAAUGGUGUGACAUAAAAUGUAAAUGUAAAUAAAAAGGCAAUACACUAUAGGCCUUCCUCUAUGCUAUCUAGGCUAUUCUCCAUACAGUUUGAUUAUAAGUGGACUUAAAAGCCUAUAUUGAUCUUGUUGUUCUGGGUCCCCUUUAGGUACCAGUACUUUUUGCAGAUUAAACAGGACAUACUUAGUGGAAGGUGAGUGUGAAUUUGAUAAACACACAGCUCCUUAUUUGAUUGGUUUAUUCAAACGUUUGAAUAAUCUUCUUGUGAUGAAUUUGAGUAAUAACAGAAUCCUCGGCUUGCAGGCUGCCGUGUCCAUACACCACAGCCGCUCUUCUUGCUUCAUACGCUGUUCAAUGUAAGUACUUAAAUACUUCCUCUUAGCUAUUCAACUAUACUACUGACCUAUGGUCUUAUACAUUCUGCCUCAAACCUAGUAACUAACUGAAUGAAUGAUAGAACAUGUUCAGUAGUGUAUGUUCUCUGUUUCCCUCCAAUAUCCACCAUGUGAUUUCAAGCGUUGAGAGUAUGGGGGAUCAGAGUAUUACAGUAGCUUGGAAACCCCAGACCAAAACACAACCAUAAUACUACUUCAUACUGUACUUGGCUUGUAAUGAUGCUGCUUUCAUGUAGCCUGGCUGCUGCGGGUCCUUGUUUACUCAUUGACCCCAAUACGCUGCUGAGAGGGAGGAGGAGCAGCACAAUCACCACAACCAGGCUGGCAGGAGGGCAGAAGAACACUGCCCAUUGGUUGUUAGCUUAAUAGGCUGGCUGACUGGAUGGCUGGGAUAACUGGCUGGCUGGCUGACUGGCUGGCUCCCUCGUGGGGUUGUAGUAAACGUAUCAUGCUAUGUGGGAGGUAUAGAGGUCGCAUGAGGAAAUGGGAAGUGGCCAUGGUGGUCUCACCGAAAUAACUGUAAUAACAAUAAUAGCAUGGAGGGUAUUUCACAUGUGCCAGUCAAUUCUGACCAGGAUAGUUAGUGUAUAUUGGGCUAUUACUGUCCAUUUUUCCCAUUGUUUUCACAUACUGAUGUAGUUUCUAUUAAAAUGAAAGAGCAAGGCUAUUUAUUAAUUUAUUCACAUUAUUGAGCUACAUAUUUUUCUUAAAGUGCUUUCGGAAACGGAUGCACUUAACCCCCAACUUCCUCAUGUCUGCUCCCUUUUCAUUACGGAAGACAGGGUUUGUGUCCCAAAUGGCACCCUGUUCCAUAUAUAGUGCACUAUUUUUGACCAGAGCCCUAUGAGCUAAGUAGUGCACUAUAAAGGGAAUAGGGUACCAUUUGGGACGCAGACAGACUGUUUAUACAGUAUGGAAACACUGAGACACUCAGCAGGAGGACUCGUCUCUCUGUCUCUCUUUUCAAAACAUUGACAAAAAAAGGCAAGUGUUUGGCUCCUCACAAGCUGCAAAAGUCCUGCUUCUUUCCGUUUGCACACAAAGGAGAAGUUUGACCAGAAAAUGAGUGAAUGAAUGGGAGCUGUACAGGAGGAAGAGAAGGAGAGGCGUGAAGGCCUCAUUGUGCUCUGUGUCACACACACACACACACACACUUACACACUCACACACUGUGUGCUUUGUGUUGUGUUGCAGCUGAGCUAGGGGACUACAGUCAUGACGAGAACUUGCCCGGCUACCUCUCAGAAUACUCUUUCAUCCCCAAUGCACCACAAGACUUUGAGAACGAGAUUGCCAAACAGCAUCAGCAACGCAAGUAAGAUGCAAUCUCUCAACUGAUAUUGUGUGAGUGUGUGGAUACAUCGGAGUAAAACAGGAAAUGCACAAAAAAGAUCAAGUAACUUAUAGAUUAAACAGGAAUGGACUGCUCAUUCACUGCAGCUGAGGCUGAGGCGGCUCAGACCUUGUGCCCAGGUCAGAACAAGGGCUGUCAUUGUUUAGCCUCUCACAGAGAUGGUAGGGUGGCCUACUCUGCUCUCUGAAUGGCCUGUGUGGAGCCAACUUAGGUCUCUCUCUCUCUUGCUCUCUCUCCCUAUCUCACACUCUCUCUGUCUUUCUUUUCAGGGGACUGUCUCCUGCCCAGUCAGAGUUCAACUAUCUAAACACAGCACGGACACUAGAGCUCUAUGGAGUCCAAUUGCACUAUGCAAGGGUAAGUGUUCAGGUGUGCAAUGGAGUGAUGCAUGCCUACUAUGCUUCCCAAUUAACCUUCUUCAAUGUGGUUUCAUUAGACAGUGUGGUGGUUAGCACCCUCCUCCAUUGCCCAACUAUCGGGUUUCUGUUAAGUAGAUCCCAUCCAUAGGAAGUCAGAAAGCUGGGCACUUUUCAAUCCUCCGUGUCCCCUUUUUCCCUCCUCCGUUACAGGAUCAAAGCAACACUGAGAUUUUAAUCGGAGUGAUGUCAACUGGGAUUGUCAUCUAUAAGAACAGGGUACGAAUCAACUGCUUUCCAUGGUGAGUCAAAUCAAUUGAGUUUGUUUCCACAUUCAUCCACGGUCUCCAUAUAGGGGAGCCAUUGGAUGGGACACACAGAACCUAAAGAGUAUUAUAAACUGGGUGGUUCGAGCCCUUAAUGCUGAUUGGCUGACAGCUGUGGUAUAUCAGACCGUAUAUCACGGGUAUGACAAAAUAUGUAUUUUUACUGCUCUAAUUACGUUGGUAACCAGUUUAUAAUAGCAAUAAGGCACCUCGGGGGUUUGUGGUAUAUGGCCAAUAUACCACACCUCCUCUGGCCUUAUUGCUUAAGUAACAAACAGUAGUAGCAAACGUAGCAUGAAAGCGAUAAUGAACCAAUAGCGUUUUACGAUGCUCUACUCCUUUCCAUGGUCCAGAUUCAGCCAUAACUUCUAUUGAGGCUAACUCUACUGUAAAGUGACAACAUGAGCCCUCUCCCCACUGUUUGAUCUUGCCCUACUCCCUUUGAUGGUACAGUACAGUGAGAGUUUAUCUUCAUGAAAAGAGACUUCUGAAGAAAUGAGUAAUAGUGUAAUUGUGUCAGGUUGUGACAAUGCGUUCUAUAUUUAGAUUCUCUCUCUGAGUCAUGCUUUAAGGAACCAGGGAAAUAGGCCAGCAGGCAGAAUGGAACUAUAGAACACUGAACAUAGAACACUGAAAAUGAUUGGUUUCUGAUGAAAGAAUGGCGGAGAUUCUUAUGGAUGAUAACAUGGGUGGCAAAGAGGAAUAUGUAUUCUAUACGCUUAUCCAGUGGCUUCAGAACACUGGAUAUGGUCUCUGUUAUCUAUGAAAUAAAGGAGAGAUUCCUUCCUAUGGGUGAUAAUAGCUUCUCUUUCUUUCUUUCUUUCUUUCAGGCUACAGAUUGUAAAGAUCUCGUUUAAAUGUAGACAAUUUUUUAUUCAACUCAGAAGAGAAUUGGUAAGUAUGUCCUGAUUUCAACUGUGAUUACAUCCCUACUAUUGUGAGAGCUCAAAUUCUCUCUCAUCAUUAUUAAUAUUGGAGAAUACAUAAUGCACCUUGUGUGUGCUAGGCUGGUCAUAUGAAACUAAAUCUAAAAUCAUUUGAUCCCAACUAGGGCUUCUAGUAGUGGAAGACACACAAAAACACUUUAAAAGCUGUUGUACAGUACUUAACAUCUAGAUGAAAUGAUGUCAUGCGCUAUAAUUCAUGUAUCCGAGUAGAGAAGUACUACAGAAAACCCUAGUGUCUAGCCUAGAAGAAGCUAUCUCAUGGCCGCUAUGCAAGUCGAAGGGUGAUUUCUUCCUCUGUAUCCAUGUUCUUUUAGCUAGAUCUGUGUGACAUCAGUUGAUCAUAUGUGAUAAUCACACACACCGACUGUGCCAUGCUUCAUGCUGUACUGUACGCCUAAGUGUGCUGAGCCCACCACUGACCUCUCUCUCUCCCUCCCUCCCUCGCCCUCUCUCUUCCUCCCUCCCUCCCUCGCCCUCUCUCUCGUCCUCUCUCCCUCGCCCUCGCCCUCUCUCUUCCUCCCUCCCUCCCUCGCCCUCUCUCUCUCUGUCUCUCUCUCUCUCCCUUCCUCCCUCGCCCUCGCCCUCUCUCCCUCCCUCCCUCGCCCUCUCUCUCUCUCCCUCCCUCCCUCUCCAGAAUGAGAGCCGCGAGGCGCUGUUAACCUUUAACAUGGUGAACUACCGAGCCUGUAAGAACCUAUGGAAGGCCUGUGUAGAGUACCACACCUUCUUCAGACUGGACCGACCCUUACCACCACAGAAGAACUUCUUUGCACAUGUCUUCCAACUGGGCUCCAAGUACCGCUACUGGUGAGUGGGCCAGGGGAAUGUGUCAUUGUGUCCCAAAUUACACCCUAUCCCUUAUAUUGUGCACUACUUUUGACCAGGCCCUGUGUAGGGAAUAUGGUGCCAUUUUGGACUCUGCCUGGAAGUGCAUAGUCUCUGGUGCAUAUUAAUAUGUGUUUUGAAAGAGAGUCCGUGAUCAAGUUGUGAUCCCAGCAGGCAGAACUGGCUGUAAUGAUGGCAUUUCAACCCACUUUUCCCACUAAGAUUAUGUUUGUUUGUCAAUGUUUACAUGAGUCUUGUCAAUGAUAGUGUGUGUAACUGUAUAGCUACUGUCUAAAGGUGUGUAAACCUCACAAGAGAAAACAGUACACUCUUAGAAAAAAGGGUUAUGUGGUUGUCCCCAUAGGAUAACCCUUUUUGGUUCCAGGUAGAACCCUCUGUGGAAAGGGUUCUACAUGAAACCCUAAAAGUUUCUACCUGGAACCAAAAGGGUUUCUUCAAAGGGUUUUCUUAUGGGGAAAGCCGAAGAACCCUUUUUGGUUCUAGAUAGCACCUUUUUUUCUAAGAGUGUAGGCUACACAUUACCUAAUCCUUUCAAUUUCCCCUGACUCACUCAGUUCAGAUCCAGUCCUUCCUAAUUCGUGUUACCCUCAGGAUAACACAUCAUCAUUUUGUUGAAGCAUAUUUACAUUUUUGGACCAAUCACGGCGGUGCCAUUUGACCUAUUGUGCCGCGUAUCACAGAAAUCGUGUGGGCUGGUUUGCAUAACACAGGAAUAUGUUUACUGUGCCUCCUACAACUGCCAGUAGAGACCCAAAGCUCCAGUCCUCUCAGCUUUGCCAAUGCCAUAUCAUGCCGUAUGAGCGACUGACAAAUAAUGUGACAGAGUAAAGAGAACUAUGGUUUCACACUGGGGUGUGUCCUUCUUAACACUUCCUGCUGGCUCACUACACACACUUGUAAAAUGUCUAAAGAAAGCAGGCGGUGCAACACUAGUUUGGUCCCCUCUUACUCCAGGAAAUGAAAGUGUGAGGGCAGAGGUUGGUGGUGAGUGUUUUCCAUUUAAAUGUUAAAAAAUAUAAUAUUUCUGUGUUCUAUGCAGUGGGAGGACAGAGGUGCAGUCUGUCCAGUACGGCAAGGAGAAGGGCAUCAAGGACAGGGUGUUCGCCAGGUAAGACACAUUCUGAAACCCAAAUGAAGUGACGCUAUUGCGCACUAAUAGUAAGAGAAUGACAUCAGAAAUGUGAGAACAUGAAGAGACAGGGAUGGCGGAAUCUUCCACUGAAUAAUGACCAAAAAUCUAGUUGUAAACAGUUUUCAUCCUGCUAAAUUGAAAUACGAUGACUGUUUUACCUGCUGCAGUCCAAUCUAUCAAUAACAAUGACCUCCAUAUCAUCAACCCAUCAGGUCUCCCAGUAAGCCCUUGGUGCGCAGGCUGAUGGGUGGAGGGAUGGACUGGGAGUCAGUCAGCCGGACCUCCAGAGCCUCUCUGUCUGACGACCGUCUGGAGACCCAGAGCCUGCCCACACGCUCCCCACCAGGCACCCCCAACCAGUGAGUAGCCCUAACCCUAAGUGUAAGCAAACAGUACAUUCCUUCGUUUCAAAUCCAUGAGCUGGACUGAACAAGUGCACACUUCGGGGAGACGGAGGGGUAAGGAAAUUGGGCUAUAGAUGUAAUCUACUGUUGAGGAGGAGGAGCGAUGUCAAGUAACUCUAAAUAUAAUAAUAAAAUAGUACACACGGGUACCUUACAUGUUCCUCCCUCCUCUCUCUCCUCUUGUCUCAGCAGGAACUCCAAGUUUGCACAAGAGCACCUGCGGCCGUCCUCCGUGGGACACCUGCUGGACCAUGUGAUCUACCACGACCAUGCCUCGCCCUGCCAAACCUUCACCAAUCACAAGUCAGCCUCCUCAACCCAGGCCAACUCCAUCAGCCUAGAUUCUACCCCGUAAGUCUGUCUGACAGACACGCCCACGCGCACACACACACACACACACACACACACACACACACACACACACACACACACACACACACAGCCAUUUCAAACCAAAAGAACAGGCCAUGAGCAACUCUUUUAUCGAGACUUGAUCUGGUUGAAUGUCCUUAUACCGUACACACACACACACAUACACACACCGCCCUCUAAUUUCUAUGUCUUUACAAACCAUUUGUUUUUAUUAUGUAAAUACCCCGGGGCUGUAGCACCAAGCUCUGCCUGCCUGAAGACUACAAAAUAGGCCUCUUUCAUGGCUGUCAUUUAAGCGUCCAUAAUGAGGUUGGAACUUGGCAGGCAGGCUGAAGCCAAAGAGCUGCAGCAGUAGGUUGAGGCUGCAGGCACAUCACAAUGGUGAAUGCUUGUUAUGUUAAUAAGACAGACAGUGUGGGCUGAACCAUUGCAAAUCUUCUCAUAAGAGCAAGGAAAUAUGCCAUUAGUCAGUUUCUCUUUCCCUCUUGUAAAAUGAAGGAUGGUGACACACAGACAGUAUUCUCUGCAUGUAUUCUCUCUCUCUCUCUCUGCAGACUCGAGGAGAGAGAGCGAGAGGAAGAAAGCGAGAGAGAGAGCGGGGAGCGAGCGGAGAGAGGCGCGCAGAGCGGAGAGAGAGAGAGCGGAGAGAGAGAGAGGAGCGGAGAGGGCGGGCGGGGCAGGGGAGGGAGGGAGAGGCGAGAGGAGGGAGAGGGGUCGCUGGGCGUCUAGAGGAGCGCGCUCUCUCGGGAGAGCAGAAGGGAGGUGCCGUCUCGCUCGUUUUCUCUUCUUCUUCGGUCUUUCUUUCUUUCUUUCUCUCUAUCGUCGUUCUCUCUCUCUAUCUAUUCUCUCUCUCUCUCUCUCUCUCUCUCUCUCACACACUCUCUCUCUCUCUCGCUCUCUCUCUCUCACACACUCUCUCUCUCUCUCGCUCUCGCUCUUUCCCUCUUUCUUUGGAUAGGCGCUUCUCCAGUGUACCUGUGCGUGUCAUUUUUGACCUUAUCACUCUCUGUGGUCCUCUGUGUAUCUCUGUGUAGACUCCUUUUGAGGAGUCUGUAGCACUAGACGCUGUUUGUUUUGGUGAGUGCUGUCCCAACCAGUUAACCUCCACCAGGGUCUGUGCUCAGGGCUGCUCCGAGGCAGACAGCAGGCUAAACAACAUGGAUGCUCUCUGACUGGGGGGGAAGUACAUGAACACAUCAAGCUGAGGGUAAUAUGCUGGUAGGACACACAGCGCCUCUCCAAGAGCUAGUAAGCUGUUCUAGUACACAGGCUGAGGCUAUAGCACUGAGCAAUGAUAGGAAAUAGGGGGAAGACUUCCUAUGAACUGAGAACCCUCUGCUCUGACUGAGCCCUGUAAUGAUUCAGUGUACACAGAAGAUGAUUAUUACCUUCUGAGAAAUGGGUUACGUGAAAGGAAAGUAUUCCAUGGAGAGGUUAAGCUCUGGAACAUGACAGUUUCCACUGUGUAGUUAAUGUUGAGUCAGAGAGCUCUCGACUAAGUGUGUGUGUGUGUGUGUUUCCAGGUUCAUAUAUAACGCUCAAAAGGGGGAAAGCACACGCAAUAAUACGCAUAAUUUAUGUAUUAAUUUACUUAUUCUCAAUAAAGCCUGCACUAGGUUGAUGUUUGGAUAUAUGCUGUAUUAGAAUUUUGCUGCAAGGACUCAUUUGGAUUUGUCUGUGUCCAGGUCACCAGACUCGACCAUCGACGGCCAGCCGCCCGCUCUGCCCCCUAAGCAGACCAGGAGGCCUCUGUCCAGCCAGUCCCAGUCCCACUCUCAGCAGGAGUUGGACAACCACAUCAAUGAGCUGUAUGACACACCUCUGUCAGAAGACAAGACUAUGGUAGGAGAGAGACCUACGCACACACAGACACACACUCACGCACACACACACAGUGAUUGCUAGUUAGUAAAACCAACGAGAGGCAUCUUUGUACAUCAGUUUUAUCCUACAUUUCGUUUUACUAAAACGUUGUUUUGUGCUUUGCUUUGUACUUUUUUCUUCUCUCCCUCACAGCCCAAUGGAGUGGUUCCUCAUGACAAUCUGGUGUUAAUUAAAAUGUGCCCCGAUGAACAAGGACGAUUUGGAUUCAAUGUGAAGGGUGGGCUGGACCAGAAGAUGCCUGUGAUCGUGUCCCGAGUGGCCCCAGGAACAGCGGUACGUGUCGUACUACCUGGGCCACCGUCACUGCCAAACCCCUGAACUUCUCAAAUGACUUUCACAGAUAAUGAAUAAUGAAAAAUACACACUGUUCUCUUCUAUUCUGAUUUAAUGCCCUCCCCAGGCUGACCUGUGUGUUCCCCGGUUGAACGAGGGGGACCAGGUGGUUCUGAUCAAUGGUCAGGACAUCUCGGAGCACACCCACGACCAGGUGGUCAUGUUCAUCAAGGCCAGCUGUGAGGAGAGCGACUCAGGAGAGCUGAACCUGCUGGUCAGACCCAACGGUGAGGAGAGAACAGAACAGCCCUCUAACAUGCCUUGUGGUCCUUUAUGGUCCUUUAUGAUCCUUUGCGGUCCUCUGUAGCUCAGUUGGUAGAGCAUGGCAACGCCAGGAUAGUGGGUUUAAUUCCCGGGACCACCCAUACAUAAGUAAAAGUAUGCACGCAUGACUGUAAUUCACUUUGGAUAAAACCUUCUGCUAAAUGGCAUGUAUUAUUAUUAGAUUUUUUACAGCAGUGUCCCUGAAACAAGAGGAAGUGAGGGACCAUAGCUUGCCUGUCCCUGAAACAAGAGGGAGUGAGGGACCAUAGCUUGCCUGUCCCUGAAACAAGAGGGAGUGAGGGACCAUAGCUUGCCUGUCCCUGAAACAAGAGGGAGUGAGGGACCAUAGCUUGCCUGUCCCUGAAACAAGAGGGGGUGAGGGACCAUAGCUUGUCUGUCCCCGAAACAAGAGGGAGUGAGGGACCAUAGCUUGCCUGUCCCUGAAACAAGAGGGAGUGAGGGACCAUAGCUUGCCUGUCCCUGAAACAAGAGGGAGUGAGGGACCAUAGCAUGCCUGUCCUAUAUUGGGUCAAUACAGAUCCACUAUACUAUAGGCAUUGGUUUGAUUAAAGUUGGAAUCCUUUGCGGUGAAACUGCCACGUCCGUUUGUGAUAUUACAACAACAAAGACAGUACUUCAAACAACAAACACUGUUUUAUUCCCUCGGACAUCACUGCAUUCUACGAUUUUUUUAAAUUAAGUUUCUGGAAGCUCAUCUCCUCCUUUUCAAAAGCAAAACCAAAACAACAUCAAAUGCGCCUGGGGCAGCUAUUGGUACUGUCUCGCCUAAUGCGGAUCUCAGCUUUAAGGCAAAGCAUCAGUCUGACAGUGUCAUCACUUAGGAGGGACGUUUUUAAUUUGACUGCUGCCUUUUUGCCACACCCUUUCUUUGUUUUGCUGUUGUUGUUGCUUAGUUUUUCUGAGUGCCUGUCACCUGCAAUGGAUGUGCAAUGUUCAACCAUGCUGUCAUCCUUCCUGUUGUUCCUCCAGCCAUGUAUGACCUGGUGGAGGAGGAGAAGCUGGAGGAUGGAGAUACAGAGUCUAACUACCAGUACUCCCCAGAGAGGGCUCCCCAGGACCAGCCCCAGCCAGACCACCACCCAUCCUGCUGGAGAGACUCCAUACUACAGCUGAAAGAAGGCUUGAGCACUGGGGCCGUACAGCAACAGUUUGAUGUUAGUCCACAUAUACUACAUAUGAUGUAUAAUAUAUACUACAAUAUAUAGUUUAUGUUUAGCUGAAGGAGGGCCUGAGUACUUGGAAGGUUGACGUUUAUUGGGAUGAAUCUUGUCCUGGAGGCAGAGCUGAGCGAUUUCCGCUAGAUGGGCCAGUUGCAAAGUCAAAAUUGUCUAUAUUGUAAAAAUUCAUGAAAACAAAAAUUCUAUUUUUUGGACUUCAUGUAUAGGGUUAUGCAUAAGGUUAGCAGUGUGGUAUAUAUUUUUGUUGUUGUUGUUGUUGUUUUUUUUGGGGGGGGGGGGGGGUUAGGUUUAAAAUCAGAUUUUAUGACUUUGUUGCUGUGCCAGCUGGUGACUUCGCUGCAGAGCUGCCUCCAAUACAUGAGUCAUCCCAAUAAGGGAUUUCAUUAAUGAGGGUGGCAGGUAGCCUAAUGGUUAGAGCAACAAAGUGAAAAAUCUGUAGAUUUGCCCAUGAGCAAUGCACUUAACCCUAAUUGCUCCAGGAUCGCCGUUGACAAUGGCUGACCCUGGACGUGACCCCACUCUCCGAGGGGUGUCUCAGAGGGAGUUGGGAUAUGCAAGAAAACACAUGGAAUAGGACAAAUAUAAGCACCCACCAAAUUAUAUUAUAAUGAAAUGCCAACCUGCGAGUACUGGGUCCGUACAGGCACAGUCUGAUCAAAGAUUUUUAUAACUAACCCAAGAUACACCACAGGUGUUGUUUCCAGUGGGAGCAAAUGAAGCAUAGUGGGUAGAACAAGCAAGGAGGUGGGCAGAGCCAAGCACGAGCUAGUGCGUUCCUAUUGGUGUAUUUUAGCAUGUAUUUGCAUAAUUCCGUUAGGGAACGCCUACUCUGGGAAGUGCUAGUGUGCAAUAACUCAAUUCGCCCUUGCACUCCUUCUAAACAACGCAAUUUUGGGAAACGUUGGCAAAGGGUAAAGUUCACAAAACAGUCCACUCUGUCCGUAAACAGAUUCUUGUUUUGGGAACAGAAUACUGUAUUGAGAUCAAAUGUUUCUUUGAUGAGGAAUUCGACAGAAUGUAGGCCCAGUUCCAUCUCACGCCAUACUCUCCCACUGCCGGCCACCAAGCUUCCUCUCCUCACUAUAUUUGGUGUGGAGUGGAAAUUCCAAUGGGAUGCUUCAGAUUUAUACAUCCAGUGUAACAUCUGGCUCCUUGCUCUGUCUGUUGUGGGAUGUUAGUCCACUCAUACUAACUACAGUAUUAUGCUUGUUGUUCACAUGGGCCAAAUAACUAGUGCUACUUCUGUGGCCCCAUGGCCCUUGUGUCUCUAAACUGCUCCCAGUCCACUUUGAUAUUAUCAUGCAGUUGGUUAUUCAAAGUUUCCACUGGUUCUAGAAUGUAUUUCACAUUGCACAUGGCUAAGACUGAUCAGAUAGCAUCUAAGUCAUUAACCAGAAAGAGAGAGAGGGAAGAGAGUGAAAUAGAGAGAGGAAAGGAAAUAUUGAAAGUUUAUUGCUUCCUGUUAUUGUUCCACACUGCCUCAAACGUUUCCUGUUUGUGUUCCACUGAUGGGUUAUCAGUGAGAAUUGUGGUUUAGAGUAACCUAGAAACCAAGCUCAUGUCAAGGCCCAGUCUGAACUUCAGUUAACUUAUGACAAAUGUUAACCAUUGUUUUUUGUUUUGAUGUUUCUCAGCAACUCUACCGGAAAAGGCCUGGAUUGACAAUGUCAUGUGCGAAAUUACCUCAGAACAUUUCCAAAAAUCGAUAUCGAGACAUUUCACCAUGUGAGUAUACUGAACCAUCAGAACUGACGUCUUCUGUCGCAUAUGCUGUACUUCCUCAUACAAUGAUGUACGUAAAUGCCCUCUGUCUCACCUGCCACCCCUUUCACACUCUUCCUGUAUCUGCUGUCUCACAGAUGAUGCAACCAGGGUUAUUCUGAAGGGCGAGGAUGGGGACUAUAUCAAUGCAAAUUACAUCAAUGUGAGGGCCUUCUCCCUUCUUAUUUUCUUGAUACUCAACACUCUUUGAUAUAUACGCCACAAUCUUUGAUUUUAUUACCAAGACCGCACACCUUCCUUCGACUAGGUAAUGAAUAUCUCACACAGACACAAACACCCCCGGAAAGAGACAUUGACUAACUUUGCUUGAUAGAUACUCAACGCUGUCAAUGCCUAAAUCACAUCAGAAGACCAUUUUUAGACUGAAACAUGGAUUAUGCUUACAUAUAUGAAUGUUCCAAUAUGCAGCUAUACAUAUGUGUAUAUUUGCCAACCCAUGCCAUUCUCCUGGCCCAUAGAUGGUGAUCCCAGCGUCCAGUGCUGUAAACCGCUACAUCGCGUGCCAGGGCCCUCUGCCAGCCACCUGCUCUGACUUCUGGAGGAUGACUUGGGAACAGGGCUCCAACAUGGUGGUCAUGCUCACCACGCAGGUGGAGAGAGGACGGGUAUGUCACGUCCCCAACCAGGGUUUCAGGGUUUGCUCUCUCCAUUUCAGCCCCUUCCCAAUGCUUUUGGUCUUGUUUUGGAAUUUCUAGUGGUAACAUAUGAGGUGGAAAUUAAAGACAUUUCCAUUCCCCACAAAGAAAAUAGACAAACUAUACUUCCUCUUAUAUCCAAUUAUCCUUUUGUUUCAUUCCCAGGUGAAGUGUCAUCAGUAUUGGCCCAACCCUGGUGCCAUCGCUACCCAUGGGGACUUCCAGGUGUCCUGUGUGACAGAAGAAGGGAAAUCAGCAUUUCUGGUCAGAGAGAUAACUCUCACACACCUGGAGGUAAGGACCAUUUCUUGUAUAAUCUCUUAUGGACAGACUAAAAUUACUUGAGAUUUUAUUUCUGGGUUAACCGACAUUACUUUUUGCACUUAGUGAAAACUGUAUGAAAAAAGUAUAAAAACAUAAUAAUACAUUUGAAUGAUUGAUUGAUUCUAUUCAGAGUGAGGAGAGCAGGCCGCUGACUCAGAUCCAGUACAUGGCCUGGCCUGACCACGGUGUCCCAGACGACUACACUGACUUCCUGGACUUUGUCAGUCUGGUCCGAGGCAAGAGGGAGGGCAAGGAGGAGCCGGUGAUAGUACACUGCAGGUAAGGCCUUGUUCUCACACAAACACUGCACUCACUAACAAGUAAGCUCUUAUCCCCUCAACUAACAUCUGUAAGCCAUCUCACUGUUGAUACAGCUUUGAAGUAGGUCUAAGGCCUUUUACACAACAUCUUUAAAGAAUAUAAGCCUUUGUACAUCUGCCUCAUAACCUGACUUAAAGAAAAUCAUUUUCCCUUUUACUUUGAAUCAGACGAUAAGACACUUUGCAUGUUGUUGUAGCAACAGUGAUUGAUUACAGUGUAAUUGGGGAUUGAGGAUUUGAAUCCUCUUCUAUCAUUGCUGCCAUCUUCAGCCUCAUCUCACUCUCCUCGUCCUCUGUGCAGCGCUGGGAUUGGUCGGACGGGGGUGCUCAUCACCAUGGAAACAGCCAUGUGUUUGAUUGAGUGGAAUCAGCCCGUGUAUCCGUUGGAUAUCGUGAGGACAAUGAGAGACCAGAGGGCCAUGAUGAUCCAGACACCGGUAAUCUAAUCUGUGAUGCAUAGAUGCAUAGCAAUGAGACUUUAAGAGAACAGCGGAGGCUCUAUCCUCAAUAGACGGGUUGGUUGUUUAGUAACAAAGCCGACGCGUGUGCAACUAUGGGGCAAGAUGGGGUUGGCUUAGAUCAGGGGCCUCCAAACUUUUCUAGCAUGAGAGCUACUUUCCAAAAAUUCAACAUGUCGCGAGCUACAUAUUUUUUUUUAGCUUUCAAAUCAGUAUUUUAUUGUCCUCUACCCUGCAACUCUUCCCCGGGUCCUUGGUGUACAAUAUAUUUAUUUUCUGUCAAUAUACCUAGUAAAGUAAUGCUUUAAUAAACAAUUCUAAUUUGUAUUUUCCCGAAUUCCGUUAUCUCCGUAAAAGUUGUGUCUGGUUUAGCUUCUUGACACAAAUAAUCAUGAUAUACAGUACCAGUCAAAAGUUUGGACACACCUACUCAUUCCAGGCUUUUUCUUAAUUUUUACUUUUUUCUACAUUGUAGAAUAAUAGUGAAGACAUCAAAACUAUGAAAUAACACAUAUGGAAUCAUGUAGUAACCAAAAAAAGUGUUAAACAAAUCAAAAUAUAUUUUAUAUGUGAGAUUCUUCAAAGUAGCCACCCUUUGCCUUGAUGACAGCUUUGCACACUCUUGGUCAAAUAAGACUGUAAAAUCACCAGGAAUUCAGCCAAAAAUGUGUUUAAUUUAGGAAAUCUGUUCCCAAGCAUUCCAACGAAUAAAAAGAGAUGUGAUCAUGUCGCAAUGUAAUCAAGGUAUGAAAUUAUUGUUAUUUUUAAUUACAGUCUCUUAUUGGGCUUAGUUGUGGUCAAUUUGUAGUCCCCUGUAGCUCAGUUGGUAGAGCAUGGCGCUUGCAACGCCAGGGUUGUGGGUUCGUUUCCCACGGGGGGCCAGUAUGAAAAAUGUAUGCACUGUAAGUCGCUCUGGAUAAGAGCGUCUGCUAAAUGACUAAAAUGUAAAUGUAAAUUUGCAGUGUACAUAUUAUUAUAAUUAUGUUCUGGCCCCCCGACCAUCCGCUCCGACAAAAUCGUCCCGCGGCUGAAUCUAGUUACUCUAUGACCUUGGUGUCAAAUGCUACAGUUAUCACUGUGUAACUACUGUACACACUCCUGACUGUGCCAUGAAUACAUGAAGUGAUCAUUUUCAUCAGUACUGGUCACUCUCAUUUAACCUCAGUCUCUUUGCUCUGUUUUCUUCCAGAGCCAGUACAGGUUUGUCUGUGAGGCGAUCCUCAAGGUGUAUGAGGAGGAACUCGUCAAACCCCUGACGCCCACAAAGCCCCUGACAUCCAUAGAGUCUCUGACACCUACAAAGCCCCUGACAUCCAUAGAGUCUCUGACACCUACAAAGCCCCUGACAUCCAUAGAGUCUCUGACACCUACAAAGCCCCUGACAUCCAUAGAGUCUCUGACACCUACAAAGCCCCUGACAUCCAUAGAGUCUCUGACACCCACAAAGCCCUUGACACCCAUA